GACGGGGUGGGCGGCCAGUGGCGAGGCAGCGGCCGCACUUCCCGUCUGGGAGAGAGUGUAAUAUGGCGAAGACCUACGAUUACCUGUUCAAGCUGCUGCUCAUCGGGGACUCGGGGGUGGGGAAGACCUGUGUCCUGUUCCGCUUCUCCGAGGACGCCUUCAACUCCACUUUUAUCUCCACCAUAGGAAUUGACUUUAAAAUUAGGACCAUCGAGCUCGAUGGCAAGAGGAUCAAACUGCAGAUUUGGGACACAGCCGGGCAGGAGCGGUUUCGGACGAUCACAACGGCCUACUACCGGGGCGCCAUGGGUAUCAUGCUGGUCUAUGACAUCACCAACGAGAAGUCCUUCGACAACAUCCGGAACUGGAUCCGGAACAUCGAGGAGCAUGCCUCUGCUGACGUGGAGAAGAUGGUCUUGGGGAACAAGUGCGACGUGAAUGACAAGAGACAAGUGUCCAAGGAGCGGGGCGAGAAGCUGGCCCUUGACUAUGGAAUCAAGUUCAUGGAGACCAGCGCCAAGGCCAACAUCAACGUGGAGAAUGCAUUUUUCACUCUCGCCAGAGAUAUCAAAGCAAAAAUGGACAAAAAAUUGGAAGGCAACAGCCCACAGGGCAGCAGCCAGGGGGUGAAGAUCACGCCAGACCCACAGAAGCGGAGUUCCUUCUUCCGCUGCAUCCUCCUGUGAGGGCGCCCACGAGCCUGGCUCACUGAGCUGACUGUGCCUGACCCGGGCCUGCAUCCAGCAGACCUUCGAGCCACACCAGAGGCCCAUGCCACCAGACCUCCACGAGAAACUGUCUAUUUUAGUAACCGUCUGAUCCUUUCAACUCGGAGAUGGAAAGAAUUAAGAAUCUGCUAUUUUCCUGUAACCUCCGACCUCGGGCCCACAGGCGACAUCUCGUGGCAGAGAACACCGGCCGAGGCAGGUGGCAGAGUCCAUGGGAUGCCCAGCCCUGGCCAGAAGUGCCACCGCAAGCCUGGUGUCGGCCGCCACCAACUCUCGGUUUUGGACAAAUGACAAUUACAUUCCUCCCCCUAACUGUUAAACCAAAGGGAAGCACAGUAAAGACAUCCGCUCACUGCGGUCAGGACAGGCCCUAGGCGGCUCCGCUGGCCCCUCAGUGAGGGGACACCGGCAACAGGUGCCCUGUCCCCGACACCGCAUGGGACCUUCUUUCUAGCUGAGAUUUUAUUUUUCCAGAGUCGAUUGCCAGCAAGCAACACCACUCCUGCUGCCCACCUGGAGGCAGAGCCAGCCAGCCGGGCUGCGUAUCCCCACCUGACAUGGGUACCAGUGGCCACCCAUGGUCUGUGCAGCUGUCGCUGGCUCUCCUGGGCCAGGAGUGAUGGCCCAGCCUGGCUAGAGAGGCUGCAGUUCAGAACAGGCUGUCACCCGGUGCCUGCUCUCACCUUGGCCCCUGCCCUAGGCACUAUCAGCCAGUCCUUGUGUCACAGCCCCCACUCCCGCUUCCCAGCUGAAACUCACCUGGCCACUGGCUAUCCUGUGUCUCUAACUUGCCCUGUCUGCGCCCAGACCUGCACCUACGGAGAGCAAAAGAUUAAAGCUCAUUUUAAAGCUCA